UUUCCUGCUGUCACUCCUCCUCUGGCUUCGCUAUCUGAGCUGAGACUGAGGGAGCUUCAGAAUCUGGGGCCGGGAGACAGUAGGGAAGCCACCCCUCCUGACCCCCACUCCUGCCCUUUGCCUUCCCCCAUGCUGAGAUUCUUCAUCAUCACCUGUCUGGUGUGGUCGGUGAGCCCGGACACGGCUCCUCGAGAAUGCCACACCUUCACCAAGCUCAGCAUUCACAGCGCGAUCACAGGCACGAGCCUCAAAGUGAGGCUGCUGCUGUACACGGACAACUUCACCUGCGCCGAGAUCCUCGAAUCUCCCUUUCCUGGGAGCUUCAACGCGACCAAGAAAACCGCUUUUAUCAUCCAUGGCUACAGGCCGACAGGCUCCCAACCGGUCUGGCUGUCCGAGCUGGUGGAGGGCCUGAUCCGAGUCGAAGACAUCAACGUCAUUGUGGUCGACUGGAACCGAGGAGCCACAAAUGUGGUGUACAGCGUUGCCUCCGCUCACACCUGGCGGGUGGCCGAAAUCUUAAAGGAAACGAUCGACCAGAUGCUGGUCAGCGGAGCAUCUCUUGACAACAUUUACAUGAUUGGAGUCAGCUUGGGGGCCCAUAUAGCUGGAUUUGUUGGACAGAUGUAUGAUGGGAAACUCGGAAGAAUUACAGGUCUGGAUCCUGCAGGACCCCUUUUCAGUGGGAAACCCCGCAAUGAGCGGCUGGAUCACACAGACGCCCAGUUUGUUGAUGUCAUCCAUUCUGAUACUGACCUCCUGGGCUUCAAAGAAUCAUUAGGAAAUAUCGAUUUCUACCCAAAUGGAGGACUGGAUCAACCUGGUUGUCCCCAAACAAUAUUUAGUGGAUUUGAGUAUUUCAAAUGUGACCACCAGAGGUCUGUUUUCCUGUACCUAUCCUCUCUGAAAAAAGACUGUGACAUCAUUGCCUACCCUUGUGAGUCCUACCGAGAUUACCUGAAUGGCAAAUGCAUCAGCUGUGGAGAUGACCAAUUAAUGCCGUGUCCAGUCCUGGGUUACUAUGCUGAUCAAUGGAAAAACUACUCAAUGCUAAAGGACCCUCCUGUGACAAAAGCUUUUUUUGAUACAACUUCUGAAAAGCCAUUCUGCAUUCAGCACUACUUUGUGGACAUCAUGACUUGGAACAAGAACAUAAGAAGAGGUUACAUUACGAUUAAGUUAACAGAUCAGGCUGGAAAUACAACAGAGUCCAAAAUCAAUCACGAACCUGCCACAUUUCAGAAAUUUCAGCAAGUGAGCCUCCUUGCCAGGUUUCCUCAGGAUGUUGACCAGGUGAAGGGCAUCUCUUUGGUGUUCUCUACUGGGCCUGUGAUCUGGUCCAAGUACAAACUCAGGAUCAUCUGGAUGAAGCUGAGACCGAUCACGCACCCUGAGAAGCCACAGAUGUGCAGAUAUGAUCUCGUCCUGACAGAAAACAAGGAAACAGCCUUUCAGCCCAUCCUUUGCUAGCUCACAGAAGCUGUCGCUUUGCUAUCAAGCAGAGAACAGACCAGAGUGCACAUACAUCUCUGCGGAUGUCUUGAACUGUAUCACAGAAUGCCACGUGGUUUUAGGACCGUCAAAUAAUUCUGGAGAGUGAACGCAGAUUGGGGGCGUUUUUCGGGGAGGGGACAGUAUUUGCUGGGGCUGGCACCUUAGCUUCCUACGCUUGGUCCCAAGAUCCAGGGACCAUCCAGGACAUUUUCCCUAGCAUUUAAGUGGCCAGGGGGCUGUGGACAGGAGGCGCAACUUUGCUCUCCCUUGCCUGUGGCUUUCACUAUGGGCCUAUCUCUUCCUCCAUUUCUGCCUGUGCUGAUGUGAUAAUCUAUCUCUUGGGGAUCCUGGGAAAGAGAAGGACUCAGGUCUGUGAAGGGAUUUGAGAUAUGAAGCUAAAAUGCCUCUUCACGUAUGUUGUAUGUGUUAUGCGUGAAUGUCUUAUUUAUUCUAAAUGGCCCAACAAAGUGUAAGCUUUUGGAGGGCAGGGACUGUUUGUUUUUGUAUCUCCCAUGGCUAGUUCAGUACCUGGCACAAACUGGGUACUUAAUAAAUG